AUGGGCACUCACAACAGACGGGCGGUGAUGCCACCAGAACUUCCACCUCUAGACAUGAAAAAGAAGAUGAAUGGUAUCUCAAGACUUCUAAACGAAACCGGGCUACGUUUCCAGAAGGUCCUUGGACAAGGUGGAUUCGGUGUCACGGCACUUUAUCAAGUCAGAAGACGGGCGUCACGGGUCCAAAAGCCGAUUCAAUUUGUGGUCAAGGCCGUGCUGGACGAUGAAACGAGCCUCUCCGAAGAGAAGGAGCAUUUGAAGAUCUCGGCCGAUCUUGUAAAGAGGAAUUUAUACAAGAAGACACAGCGUCGCAUCGUGCAUUUUAAACUUGACCGCCUGGACACAGCCGAUGACAUCAUGUUUACCGAGUUCAUGAACCAUGGAAGUCUGGAUGACUACAUUUCACGCAUACGCACGACGGGGAUGAUACUUCCAGCGCGUGGUCAAUGGCGGAUACUGAGCUGCCUGGCCCAUCAACUUAUUGCGUUGAAGUACCCCCGGAACAUUAUUCGGCCUGAUGCUAUUCCGAGUACAGCCCCUACUUACGACAACGCGCUGGCCCACAAAAUAGACACCGAAAGGAUACCGCGAGAUCUCGAUGACAGCGAUGCCGUUGUUCAUUUUGAUAUCGACCCGAAUAACAAUUCGACAGCGAACGACAGAGCAGCAGCCUUUGCCUUGGUCCCUAGUUUCGAUAAGCUUGAAGCCCACCGGCUGAAACCCGAGGUAGGAAUUGAUAUCAUGCCUUACGACAAAACCCUAAAAUAUGGGUGGAUGUGGACGUACGCCACGUUGUUGGCGUACAAUGGCACCGCUCAGCAUCCAAACUCGAAAACCAAGGGCGUUCUUGAUGAAGAUCUGAUUGACUGUGUCUGCAUGAUGAUGAGGCAUCGACCAGCGGACCGGAUUGAGCUAGCAGAACUCCGGACAAUUGCAAAGCGCAAACUAAACGAGCUGGACCAGCCGCCAGACGAGCCGUACAAGGUCGAUAGCCUCCAAAGCCGCGACCAGGACCAGUUCACGGACGAGGCUCUCCGGAAUUUGCACAACAUGCUGACUGGGGGCGUUCCCGAUUUCACUUAUGGACGCAUCUCUCGAGCGAACGUCAUUCCAUUCCCUGAAGCCGAAGGUGUUGACGGCGAUGGGAACAUGCUGCCCGAUCCUCUUUAUCAGGAGGACCGCCACUAUGUUCGUGCGGUACGUGGCGACCGUCUAGACACGGCCGAGAGCAAUAGGACAAGCAAGUGGAAAACGGACCACCUAAGACGCCUGACGCGUUUACCACCGCCGCCACAUUCGCAGACACCAUUACCGUCGGCAUCAUAA